ACGACUAAGCUCAGUUCUUUCUUCUCUCUCUCUCAAUUCAAAUUAUAAAUUCUUUGUACAAUGCUGAAAGCUUGAUAAUAGGUUUACCAAAAAUGAAAUUCAUCGCCGUGUUACUUCUGUUUUCCCUAAUUUCCGUCGAUCUGAAUCCAGUUUCCGCUAAUUUCUUCCCAAACAUAUCAUCAAUUCCAGCUUCCAUAAUUCCAAACGUUUCAAUCUGGGAUGCAUUCGGCGCUCUCCACGGCUGCCGGAAAGGCGUGAAAUCUAAAGGCCUAGCCAGCCUCAAAAAGUAUUUCCAGCUAUUCGGCUACCUCAACACCUCCUACGACGAUUUCUCCGACGACUUCGACGAAUUCCUCGAAUCGGCAGUCAAAAACUACCAAUUAAACUUCAACCUCAACCAAACCGGCGAGCUCGACGCGCCGACGCUGAAGCACAUCGUGCUCCCGCGCUGCGGCAACGCCGACAUCGUCAACGGCACCUCCACCAUGCGCUCAGGCAAAUCGCCGAGCACCUACAGCGCGAACUCGACGAUCCACACGGUCGCGCACUACUCCUUCUUCCCCAACCGGCCGCGCUGGCCGCCGGGGAAGAGCCAGCUCACCUACGCGUUCGCGCCGGAGAACCAGCUCUCCGACUUGGUGAAAGGCAUCUUCGUGAAGGCGUUCGAGCGGUGGUCGGAGGUGACGCCGCUGACGUUCGUGGAGACGGCGACGUUCAACCGCGCGGAUCUGAGGAUCGGAUUCUUCAGCGGGGACCACGGCGACGGGGAGCCGUUCGACGGCGUGCUGGGGACGCUGGCGCACGCGUUCUCGCCGCCGGUGGGGCGGCUGCACUUCGACGGGGAGGAGAAUUGGGUGACGGACGGUAAUUUCAUCAACGGAUCGCCGAUGUCGGCGGUGGAUCUGGAGUCGGUUGCGGUUCAUGAAAUCGGGCAUUUACUCGGGUUGGGUCAUAGUUCGGUUGAGGAUGCGAUUAUGUACCCGACUAUUUCGUCGGGUACCCGGAAAGUGGAGCUUGCAAAUGACGAUAUCAUGGGUAUCCAAGAGCUAUACGGGUCUAACCCUAAUUAUAACGGGUCGGGUUCCACCUUAACCCCUUUGAAUCCCUGGGAUGAGAGUGACUCCAGCGGGGCUCCAACUCAAGGAUUCGUAUUGGUCAUUGGAUUAUUAUCACUCUUGUUAUUUUUUGUUUAGAUAUUUUUGGAUUUUUUUUCUUUUAUUAUCUAUUGUAUCAUAUUCUGUAUUAGACGUAAAUAUUUCAGAUUCUUAUAAUACGUUAUUGUUAUAUCA